CUCAUCUGACGAUGUCAUCCUCCGCUAUGAACCCUCCGAUCCAAGAUCAACUUCAAACCCUCACAAUUUCUCCCCUAACUGUCACCCUGAAACGCCUCCCCCACCUCACCGAUGACCUCCCAAACCUCCAGACUCAGAACAACCCUUUACAAAACAACAGCUUUUACCAUCUUUGUGAUGACGGAUUCUACAUCUCCCAUUCCGACGUCAUCCUUCGUCAAAUUGUGUUUGACUUUUCCGGUAACUUCCCUUCCUCCUCCCCGCACCUGGCCUACCACCGUGCUGGUCCACGAAAAGAGAUCUUCUUCAAUCCCAAACAAGUGUGUGUUGCCAUCGUGACAUGUGGCGGCCUUUGUCCUGGGCUUAACACCGUGAUUCGUGAGCUUGUGGUGGGUUUGUGGGAGCUUUAUGGUGUCCGGGAGAUUUUUGGGAUCAAAGCCGGCUACCGUGGGUUUUAUUCCGGUGACCCCAUUCGACUUGACCCAAAACUGGUUCAUAACUGGCACAAGAGAGGAGGGACCGUACUCGAGACCUCUAGAGGUGGUUUUGAUCUUCAAAAGAUUGUUGAUGCCAUUCAAAAUCGUCGCUUUAAUCAGCAUGGGCUUGAAUCUAAUAUCAAUUGUGGGUUUGAUAGUGACAAGCCAAAUUAG